GCAUCUCUGCUAACCUCCUGAUCUCAAAAGAACUGAGGAAGCUGUUUCCACUAGGGCUCUGUUGUAGUAGUGAGUUGGGGCCCAUGGAUGAGAAAUUGAUGCAAGGAUUAAUACAGCUUAAUUUGAAUUAAUAAAAGGAAAUAUUUUCUUCCUUUGAACUUAUCUUUGUAAAGCAGUGGUGCCUCCUCUUGGAGGUCAUAUGUUCACAAUCAAUGGCCUUUGAGGAGCUCUUGAAUCAAGUUGGAGGCCUUGGGAGAUUUCAGAUCCUCCAUCUGGUUCUUAUUCUUUCCUCUUUCAUGUUACUUACCCCUCAUAUACUGCUGGAGAACUUCACUGCAUUCAUUCCUGGUCAUCGUUGCUGGGUCCACAUCCUGGACAAUAAUACUGUAUCUGAUAAUGACACUGGAAUCCUCAGUGAAGAUGCCCUCCUGAGAAUCUCCAUCCCGCUGGACUCAAACCUGAGGCCAGAGAAGUGUCGUCGGUUCGUCCAUCCCCAGUGGCAGCUUCUUCACCUGAAUGAGACUAUUCACAACACAAGUGUAGCAGACACAGAGCGCUGUGUGGAUGGCUGGGUGUAUGACCAAAGCUACUUCCCUUCAAACAUUGUGACUAAGUGGGACAUGGUAUGUGAUUAUCGGUCACUGAAAUCCGUGAUUCAAUUCCUACUUCUGACUGGAAUGUUGGUGGGAAGCAUCAUAGGUGGCCAUUUCUCAGACAGGUAUGGGCGAAGAUUGAUUCUCAGAUGGGCUUUCCUGCAGCUUGCCAUCACUGACACCUGCACUGCCUUUGCUCCCAACUUCUCUGUUUACUGUUUACUACGCUUCUUGGCAGGUUUUUCUUCCAUGACCAUCUUGUCAAAUAAUACCACGCUCACUACCGAGUGGAUAAGGCCCCAGUCUAAAGCCCUGGUAGUAAUACUGUUAUCUGGUGCCCUUAGCGUUGGACAGAUAAUCCUGGGAGGCUUGGCUUAUUUCUUUCGAGAUUGGCGAAUCCUGCAUGUGGUGGUGUCUGUACCUUUCUUUGUCUUCUUUCUUUUCUCAAGGUGGCUGUUCGAAUCUGCUCGGUGGUUGAUAAUCACCAAUAAAAUAGAUGAGGGCUUAAAAGCACUUAGAAAAGUUGCACGCACAAAUGGAAUGAAGAAUGCUGAAGAAACCCUGAACAUAGAUGUUGUGAGAUCUACCAUGCAGGAGGAACUGGAGGCAGCACAGAUCAAAACAACUGCGUGUGACUUGUUCCGCCACCCCAUUAUGCGUAAAAGGAUCUGUAUCCUGUCAUUUAUCAGAUUUGCAAACACAAUACCUUUUUUUGGUAUCAUGAUCAAUCUUCAGCAUGUGGGGAGCAAUAUUUUCCUGUUGCAGGUCCUUUUUGGAGUUGUCACUCUCAUAGUCCGAGGUCUUGCUCUUUUCACACUAAAUCAUAUGGGCCGUCGAAUAAGCGAGAUGUUGUUCAUGUUCCUGGUGGGCCUUUCCAUUUUGGCCAACACGUUUGUGCCCAAAGAAAUGCAGACCCUGCGUGUGGCUUUGGCAUGUGUGGGAAUCGGCUGUUCUGCUGCUACUUUUUCCAGUUGUGCUGUUCACUUCAUUGAACUCGUCCCCACUGUUCUCAGGGCAAGAGCUUUAGGAAUUGAUUUAAUGACUAGUAGGAUUGGAGCAGCACUGGCUCCCGUCUUGAUGACCUUAACAGUGUUUGUUACCACUUUGCCAUGGAUCAUUUACGGAGUUUUCCCCAUCAUUGCUGGUAUUGUUGUCUUCCUCCUGCCAGAAACCAAGAAUCUGCCUCUGCCUGAUACCAUCAACGAUUUGGAAAAUCAGAAAAAACUCUCAAGAAAAACCAAUAAAAAUGAUUGCUACACAAAAGUGACCAAAUUUUAAGAAGCUUUCAUGAGCUGAUUGGAGGAAAUUCAGAGAAAAAAUACAGGAAAAGGGCACACCAGGAGUUUUUUUUUUCCCCUACAACAGCAAGAUUAUAUACUAGAUACAUAUUUCUCAAUUAUAAUUAUGACAUUAAUUUGCAUUGGUGUUUUCAAAAUUAACUUGUGUGAACAUGUAAUCUCUUGAAUAAUCUGAUAUUUUUGGGAAAUACUUUAAAAAUUACAAAUUUAUCAAUAAAUUGGUAGUAGAUAAGAUGAUUCAGUAACAAAAAAAAAAUCAUGGAAUUAGGAUGUGGCUGGCUGGUGUAUGAAGCACCAUGUGAUGAAUUCAUGAAGCUGCAAAAGUCGAGAGAGAUCCAAGAUGGCCGAUUACUAGCAGCUCAGGAUUGUA